ACCUCGGAGUGAGAGGUUAAAGGUUAUUUCAUCUGUAGAUCAAAAAAAACUUUGCACGUUGUUUGCAAAUUUUGUCGUGUUGUUUGAAGAUAUUCAUUCAUAGUUUGUCCACAAUGAAGGAGGUACCCAUGUCCACAUGUGAACGGGAAUUUAUCCUGAGUGCGAUACGAGACAGAAAGCGCAUCGAUGGACGACAGACGUACGACUACCGCAGACUGAAGGUGGCGUUCGGCAUGGAGCGUGGAUGUUGUAUUGUGGAGCUGGGGGAUACAAAGGUUCUUGCCCAGGUUUCGGGUAAGAUAGAGCAACCCAAGAAGAACAGGCCGACAGAAGGGUCCAUCAUCAUCAACCUGGAGCUGUCACCAAUGGCCUCUCCUGCCUUUGAACCUGGAAGACCCACAGAGUCUGGUAUUGAGAUGAACAGGAUACUGGAGAGGAACAUCAGGGAUUCCAGAGCUGUUGACACAGAGUCACUCUGUAUUGUAGCUGGGGAAAAGGUGUGGUGCAUUAGAGCAGACAUCCAUGUGUUAAAUGAUGAAGGAAACAUCAUGGAUGCAGCCAGCAUUGCAGCCAUCACAGCUCUGUCUCACUUCAGGAGACCAGACGUAUCUGUGAUGGGAGAAGAAGUUACUGUUCAUUCACCAGAAGACAGAGAUCCAGUCCCCCUCAGUGUACACCACAUGCCAGUCUGUGUCACCUUUGCUUUCUUUGAUCAAGGGGAGUUUUUACUUGUGGACCCUACCCGUUCUGAGGAGCGAGUGAUGAAUGGGAGGAUGGUGGUAGGGAUGAACAUGCACAGGGAGAUCUGUACUCUCAUGAUGAGUGGGGGAAUGCUACUGGUCAAGGAACAGGUUCUCAGAUGUUCACAGAUUGCCACAGUCAAAGUGGCAGAAAUCAUAGAGCUGAUUCAGAAGGCACUAGACAAGGAUGCCCAGGCAAGGCAAGCUGGAGAGAAGUGUGGUUUUGCAGAAUCAGUUCCUUCAAACAAAAUAACCACCAACAAAAAGGAGCCCACAUCUGUAGAUACCACAGCAGCAGCACAGCACGCCAGUCAAGUCAUACAGGAGGCUGGACCAGUGGAUAAACCGGUGUCCAAUAUGCUUGUACAGGCACCAGGAACAGUUCAGAUAGGUGAGGGGCUGGUGAACACCUGGCAGGUAGAUGAUGAAGACAUGGAGUCAGAGGAAGACAGUACAAAGAAGACGGCAACCAAUGGGAGAGAAGCUGUAGCUGUUUCAAAACCUACAGAGAGAAAAAGACCUGUUAAAACUGUCUCCCAUGCAGAAGACAGUGGCAGCGAGGAAGAAGAAAAAGUUGUGCUGUACCAGGGAGAUGUAGAAAUGAAGUCCACAGAAGAGCCCGAUGCCACAACACUCAAACAACCGACAUCUUCCAACAGUGAUAAGCCAGCCAAGAAGAAGGGCAAGAAAAAGAAAGCUGCACAGAAAUAAUUCAUCAGGCAUUUUAUACAUACUAUAUCUGUAAUCUAUCAUAUUAUAUGCAGAUAUGCAAAAACCUUUUUUAUUAAUGAUAUACCAUUUAUCUAUAAUCUAACCGUAAGUGCUGCAUGAAGUUCAUUUUUAUUUUCAUGUAACAAAUUCAUUUGAAAAUCAGUCAAUAAAACAUCACGUAUUACACUGGCUCUUCAUGUGAACAUUUAAAAAUUUGUUGAAUUCAAGCAUUAAAAAAGUUCAUGCCAAUCAUGCAGUACAAUUUUGUACAUGAUUCUCAGGUUUAAACUAUGAGAGCUGUUAUACCCAACCACGUUAUCAUUGUGGCACCAGAACUUCAUGUUUAUUACACCAGAUGGAAGUAUAUUUGCCAUGAAUCUGAUUCAUUUAUGCAUUUCCAGGCUAAUAAAGCAGUACCUCCUAUCAGAUGUGUAAGAAUGCAAGGAAAAACUAUGAAACAACGUUCCCUUCAUAUUGUUUUAUUAUAUAAAGCUGUUCCUAUGUGUAUGAUACAGUGAUAUAGGUGAACUGUUAGCUACAAUGUAAGUGAAGUCACUACCAGAAAAGCCAUCAGUUGCCAUGGAAUAUUACCCAUGUUAACCUUCACCUUAGCUGGCCCCUGUAACCAACACAAAUUUGGCCACAAAGGUCUACCUAGCAGAGAGAAGGUUAACUUUCAGUAUGAGAAGGGUGUACCAAUUCAUUAGACUACAGCUAACAAAGGAUGGUAUGCAAUUCCUCAAUUUUGUUAAAUACUUGUACCACUUUUACAAUAGGAUGAAAUGUUAUACAAGCAUCAGGGACAAACUCAUACCUCCAAUAAUAAUGACAUUUUAGUUCAUGUAAGGUCCUCCUACCACUAGUUCACCCCAGAUUACAGAUGCGGUAAAAAAUCUUGACCAAUGUUUUACAAGUGGUCCUCUACUACAUUGUGAUACCAAAUAUAUAUGAUAAGAACUUGGAUGUAUACCAGAAAGCUCCUUACUUGACUGCUCCCCAAAAUAAUGGUAGACACUACUUUGUGAAAAGGAAUGACGCACAGUUUCUAUUUCUGUUGUGAUACUUCUGAAAUGAAAAAUUCAAACAUCACUUUAAAAGUCAACAAUGAACUACAUCAUUGCUUUCUGUACAAAUGCAAAUACCUGUUUUUUUCCCAAUGUACACACAACCCUUCAUAUCGAAGGAUCAAGUUAGUGACAAAAUCUGUCCAAGUUUUGCCCUAGGAUCCAAACAAAUGGUGUGUUACGUUGGUGUUAAGCCGGUGUGUUCCGCUGAAAGGCAGUUGUACUGGCUAUACAGAUACAGAAAUGAGCCCUUCUGACAACUUACAAAGUUACAAAUGAGGCAGAACCCUUUCUGUAUGAGUACAAUUACAACAUGUACUAUCUUCGGGAGUCAGAGAUCAAAGAAGAUUAGUCAGUCAUACGAAAUGACAUAAGACUGUUAUUAUUAAGUGAUCUCAAAGGCAGAUAAACAGAGCCAUGCUAAGUACUCGAAGCACAAGAUACAUCAAACACAACUUUUCAGCAAUACAUCAGCAGUGCUGGGCAGCAGUGUGAAUAAAGAAUUUGUGGAGGUAAAAGAAUACUGGGGGGGGGGGGGUUGCUGGGAAGGUGUACAAUUGUUCAGUUAUUUGGCAAGAAAGACAACAAAAAAUGUCAGGUACAAGCAACUAGAAUCCUUGGGGACUUCAGACCUUUUGGGGCAAAAGGAAUGAAAUCCAGGUAUGAUCUUGCUAAUCUUACAGUAAACAUUUCAUAUUGACUUGAUUGGCAGUUACACAAAGUUGAUGUGGGUACGGUGACAUUUUGACUGCAUUGUUUAUACGUUUAAUCACAGAUUAAAAUUGCGUGCCUUCCCGGGACAUUGUAGAUGAAA